AUGGAGAUUGGCUCUCUCCAUAAGCUUGAAGGUUUGUUUCUACCUCUUAACAAUUUCACUGGAGAAAUCCCAACUUCGUUGUGGAAUCUUACUUCUCUCAGGAUUCUUUCUUUGAGUCAUAAUAACUUGGAGGGGAGUAUACCUGAAGAAAUAGGCUGGUUGAAAAUUUUGACAGUAUUUGCGGUAUCUUUCAACAAACUUUCAGGUGCAAUUCCUUUUGCUCUUUACAAUUUGUCAUCUCUCAUUGUCAUGGACCUUGCACUAAAUCACUUCAAUAGCUCUCUCCCGUCCAAUAUGUUCUUGAACCUUCCUAAUCUACAAGUCCUGGGACUUGGAGGAAAUCAAUUCACAGGUCCUAUCCCAGUGUCCAUAGUAAAUGCUUCUAUGCUUUCAGGUAUUACAAUACCAAAAAAUCAUUUCACCGGACCAGUUCCAAAUCUAGGAAAGUUGCAUAAACUUUCUUAUCUAGAAUUGUUUUCCAAUAAUCUUGGAAGCAACUCCACUACUAAAGACUUAGAGUUCUUUGAAUCCUUGAUGAAUUGUAGUGAAUUGAACGAACUAGUUUUGACUUUCAAUAAUUUCGGAGGUCAUUUACCAAACUGCAUGUGCAAUUGGUCCACCCACCUCACAUCAAUCUAUCUUCAAGAUAAUCAAUUCUAUGGCCAAAUUCCUGAAGCACUUGGAAAUCUCCUUAGCUUGAGAUCACUGAGUAUGGACAAUAAUCACUUAGCUGAGAUCAUCCCGACAACUCUUGGGAAGCUUCAAAGCAUGGAAUUCUUAUCUUUAUCGGCAAACAAAUUGUCUGGAAAAAUUAUUCGUUUCAUAGGUAACCUCACUCGGUUAUUUCACCUAGAUUUGUCAAAUAACAUGUUAGAAGGACAGGUUCCUCCAAGUAUAAGGAAUUGUGAAAGCUUAGUAUAUCUUGAUCUGUCACAAAACAAUUUUCGUGGGGCAAUAGUCCACGUGAUGGGUCUUCCAUAUUUAUCAAUCUUACUUAACUUGUCACGUAACUCAUUUAUUGGCCAUCUUCCUAAUGAGGUGGGAAAGUUAACAAAGAUUGAUAAAUUGGAUGUCUCUCAUAAUCAUUUAACUGGAAAUAUUCCUCAAACCAUUGGAGAUUGUCAAAGCUUAGAGUAUCUCUGUUUGCAAGGGAACUUCUUUCAAGAAGACAUCCCCUUAUCUUUGGCUUCAUUGAAAGGUUUGAGAUGUCUAGACUUGUCACAAAAUAACUUGUUUGGAUCAAUUCUAAAAGACCUGCAAGAUAUUGCUUUGGAGUACCUAAAUAUUUCUUUCAACAUGCUUGAUGGGGAGAUACCAAGAAAAGGUGUCUUUAGCAAUGCAAGCGCAACAUCGCUUAUAGGGAAUAACAAGCUUUGUGGAGGCAUAUCACAGUUGGAGCUGCCACCAUGCCCUAUCAAUCUAAUGGACAAAGAAAACAUCAAAACUUCAAGUUGA